AUGGAAGCUAUUCCAGUGUUUACGUACCAAAUCGAAACCAAUCCUAAACCUCAAGAAAUCGGCACAAUCGUAAUCAACACAAAUAUAGUCGGUCCUGUCGACAUGGACCUGAUACUAACCCGGUCUAGGUUCUCAUGUUCGUUACCUACCACAGAAUUCAUCGAAGACGAAGCAUCUCCUAGAAAAAAAGAACUCUAUGACUUCUUGAUAGAAUCAGGAGUAAAUGAAUUGGUUGCUAUCACGCUAAUGCUAAAAUUCAUUCAAACAGCCGUCAAUAUAACUUCCUCGGCUGAAUAUUGUCCAUAUUACGCUUUGUCAGUGUGGUUGACCCUUAAUGUAGUUACUUCAAGUCAAGAAUCACUCCUCGAUGACUCUCAAUUUGAAGAGGCGAUUCGAGCCUCACUCGACGAUUACGAGACGAAUAUCGGGUUUAGACCCGCAAGCAAGGAAGGAGUAGAGUCCUUGAGUAGGAGAAUAUACAAGAGUAAACCAAAGACUAGCUUAGUUGCUGACUGCAAGAGUAAAAGAAGGACCAGCUCAAUUGCUAGCCAUUGCACCAUUUGUUUAGAGGAGUUUAAAAGCGGGAUAAUGGUGGCGACUUUCCCUUGUGGUCACGAGUUUGACAACAAGUGUAUUGUGGAGUGGUGUAAGGUUAGCCAUGUUUGUCCAUUGUGCCGGUUCAAGUUACCAUGUGAAGAUGGUGAUUUUUCUCAAACAACCACGGUAUUCUAA